ACUACCAGUUUGGAUAAGUCAGAGACUCGAUACAGUGACUACACAGUGCUUUAUUAACGGAACGUUAAACCUGCGUAUAAAAAAUUCACGAUUUUAUAAGAAAAAAAUAAGUGUGUUCAAUAAUACAAAAAAAAAGAAACAUACCGAAAAAGUAAAAAAAAAAACAUGACUCAUAGAAAGAUAAUUUAUAAAAAAAAAUGUUGCGACAAGUUCAGAACCUAGUAUUUUUAAAGUCUAACAUAAUUUAAAAUUAAUAUUACAAAAAAUAAUUACAAUAUCAGCUUGUACAUGUUUCAUUAAAUAAAUGAUUAUUUUUUAGAUUUAGCUAUUAGUGAAUGAUGACAUAACCAAGUUAUUAUAUUAAUGUUAAUUAGUUAUCAACGUUGAAACUCCUGCUUUGUAAAGAAAAUCUAAUUACUUUCGACAAAGUGUAAUGAACUUAAUUAUCAACUGCCUUGUAAAGAAAAUCUAAGUCGAAAAAGAAUCUCCCAUUCUCCCUAAAUACUGUCUGUUUUAAUUUGGUUUAUGUAUUCUAAAUUUAUCUCUCGACUAAAAGCAUUCCUUACGGCUAUAAGGUGUUGGAGCCCAUGAGCCCAACAUCCGCUUUCCUGUUUAUAAUCUGAAUAGCUGGGUAGUUCGAUGAAAUUAAUUUAAAUGUAUAAAAUGUUUAAAAACCAAAGCAUAAAGUUUUAUUACAAAAUAAAAAACUAAAAAAAAACUAACUAUAUAUUAAUAAAUAACGGUGAAAAUGAGCUCGAAAGUGGAGUAUCUGGACGUGAACAGCUUGGUGGAGAUACUGAGGAAGUCUGAUCUCCAGGAAUUUGUGGAAUUGGUGAUUGAGAAGCAGAUUGAUGGGACGAAACUAAUGGGUGUCACCGAGGGACUCGUGAAGCUGUGGAGACCGAAAUCUGACGCUAAGAAAUUAAUUUCGUUCAUUCAAGACUUGAAACUCGAUUCAGAUAAAUAUCUAGCAAAGUUAACAGACGAUAAAGAAAUGGAACUUCCUAUUGAAUGCCAAUAUCAAACUGUUCCAUCGAAAAAAGUUAGAGAAGAACAGAAAGCUUCGACAUCGAUGUCGAAUAUUGACGAUAUAUUAAAAAGGUUGGUACCGGCUAAGAGUUUUUUGUAUAGACACCAACAGACAUUAGAGAAACCUAAUUCAUCCUAUCUACCCAUGGAUAAUGGUAGGAAGACUCGAAGAUUAUUUAGACUAAGCUACGAUUACCCUGAUAUAUUUUCAAGAUUUUCUAAAAACGAAACCUUUGAUGACCGUGGAUAUUAUUCAGUUAAAACUAACAAUAUUUUCAUUCAAAGAACGUAUAAGAAACAUGAAUCUAGAACGAAAUAUAAAACCUUAUCGACGACUGAAGAGUUCGAUAAGUUUCCAGAAGAUCAUUUUUACGAAGAUCUUUGUUACAACGAUGUUAAUAAAAAUGAAGGUAAUUCAGAUAAUCAAAGUCAAAUUCAUCAUAAUAUGAAAUCUGGUCUUGUAAAAAUACAAGAGCUAUUUCAGUCGUUUAGAAUGCCUUUUUUUAAAAGACUCGACUCAGUAGAAGAAGACAUAGACAAAACUAAAGAUAAUAAAGUUGAUAAGGUAGAAAAAGAGGCAGAUGUACAUUUGUAUGAGAACAGUGAUAGUGUUGUAAAUAUGUAUGACUCUGUUCGCGAUAUACCAACACCAAUCGAAGUCAAUUUGCGUCAGGCGUCAAAUACAAAACUCCCAGUAGAAGACUACUUGGAGCCAGUACAGCUGAACAAGGACUACUGCAGCAUCGAGGAGAGACCAGAGAGACGAGACGACUCACUGCUCAGAUAUAUUAGAAGCAUGUUUGAGACUCGCUUUGGAUUCAGAAGAGAAACCCACGAAACGCCAUCAGAAGAAUCAGAUGACGAUAAAGCUGCCUCUCCACCGGGCAAAAGCGAGGAUCGCUCGCGGCACAUGGCUGAUCGUCCUUUGCCAGUGCCGGUGGAAAACGAGUCUUAUUACAUGAACAUAGACCGGACCGAGGCAGAGAAUGUACUCCUGGGGCAGCCAGAUGGCACCUUCGUGCUUAGACCUUCCAGUCAGGCAAACCAUGCGUAUACCCUGAGCGUGUGCUGCUCCAAUAAGGUCCACAACGUAGGGGUCCGGCGGCGCCCCGAUGGUCGCCUUGCCCUGGGCUUUGCUAGGAGAGGAGAACGCAGUUUCGCAGACGUCCCUUCAUUAUUGCGUCAUCAUAGAAGAAGGAGGUUGCUUCUAGUGGCUGGUGGAACAGUCAUCGGAGCCACCACCUUGAAUGAGACGCCGCAGUAUUAUCAGAUGCCCAGUAACUUGCCUGUGGCUCCUUCGAAAGCUGCUGUAAGAAAAUUAUGAGCUAAAACUCUUGAUUGUGUUUUUGCUAAUAUUUUUAUUGUAGGAUAUUUAAAACAAAAUAUAUAUCGGCGCUUUUUUAAGUAGAUAGUGUGAUACUAGUGAUCACUUUGACUCCAAACGGAUAAUGUAAAAAUAUAUUAAGUCAUUUGCUCUUAUUUUUAAGAAAAGUUUAAUAAUUUUAUUGCAUAACUUUUCAAAAAUUUAAUUUCAUACCAUUACUGGCAAUAUAAUUAAUUUUAAUUCGUAUCGUUAAGUAGGUAACCCACGGCAACAAAUCUUAACAAAAACCUUAGGUACACAUUAUAGAUAAUCUCAAUUACUUUUUACGAGCUCCAAAAUAUUACUUAAACGUAUCAAAUAUUUGUAUUUAAUAUCCCAAAAUAAGCAAAUGUAAUGUGUCUGCUAACAUAUUCAUGAAAAAUCUUGUUUACUUAUAAUAUGAGAGAAAUAUUUGCCAUCACAUUACAGGAAUUUCUUAGUCUAAGUAUAAUUAUUAUUGUAUCUACCUACUUAGGUAGGUAUAUUAAUAUAUGUGCGAUAUCAAAUGUAUGAUGUUCAAUAAUUAUAAUUUUUGCAAUAAUUUGUACCUACCUUUUUUUAAUGAAUUAAAAUGUUGAAUGA